GCGUCUUACAUAAGGCUGAUGUGAUUGUGCGGUGAGAAAAGAGGAAAUAGAAGUCGCCGUGUAACGGAAGUGGUAUUGCCCUGAGAUAUACGCUCAACGAGACGGUGGACAGAGGCUUUCACGUCUAGAGAGAGGGUUGAAAUAAUCAGGAUUAAAAGUCGCCGAUAUUUCUUGAAAAUGGAUAAGAACGACCUGGUACAGAAUGCCAAGCUGGCUGAGCAGGCCGAGCGCUAUGAUGACAUGGCCACAGCCAUGAAGAGUGUGACGGAGCAAGGUACCGAGCUGUCAAAUGAGGAGCGCAACCUUCUCUCCGUUGCCUACAAGAAUGUGGUCGGGGCACGCCGCUCAUCCUGGCGUGUCAUCUCCAGCAUUGAGCAGAAGAUUGAAGGCAAUGACAAAAAGAAGCAGAUGGCACGUGAAUAUCGGGAGAAGAUCGAAUCUGAGCUGCAGGAAAUCUGCCACGAUGUGCUUGGGCUACUGGACCAGUACCUCAUUGCCAAUGCAUCGAGUUCUGAAGGCAAGGUGUUUUAUCUGAAAAUGAAAGGCGACUACUACAGAUACCUGUCUGAGGUUGCAUCCGGAGACACUAAGAAGGAUACAGUGGAGAAUUCCCAGCAGGCGUACCAACAAGCCUUUGACAUUAGCAAGGGGGACAUGCAGCCUACACACCCCAUUAGGCUUGGCCUGGCCCUCAACUUCUCUGUCUUCUACUAUGAAAUCCAAAACAACCCGGAAAAGGCUUGCAGUCUGGCAAAGACGGCAUUUGAUGAAGCCAUCGCCGAGCUUGACACCUUGAACGAGGAUUCAUACAAAGACAGCACCCUGAUCAUGCAACUACUAAGGGACAACUUGACUCUGUGGACAUCAGAAAACCAGGGCGACGAGGGGGAGACCGGAGAAGGGGAAAACUGAUGGAAUUGCACUGUUAAUCCACCUACACUCUUAUCUUAAAACACAGACAGCUUAUAUACAUCCCCCCUCCACUCCAUCAGCCCCUCCCUCUUCUGUAUGACAAGCAGCCUGAAUUGCUCCUGACCAACUAGUUUACCCCUCUCAGUUUUCUGUGAGGUGACAGGGUCAUUUUCAGUUGUUAGUACGUUCGGUCACUUUGUAGAAACUUGUGUUGAUUAGUGAGUCCAUGUUUCUGUUUAUGUUAGCUUUGUGUGUAUGUUGGCUCGUUUGUGUGGAGUGAGCAAGCGUGAGUGUAAAAGAUAUUUUGUGUGUUUGCGUGCAUGCGAGUGUGUGUGUUUGUGUGUGUGCGUGCUCGAGCACAUGCCUGAGAGUGUGAUCUGGGGGGGGAGGGGGAGGUAUUGUGAAUUUAAAUCAUCAUUCUAAAUUCCUUUGUCCCAGCUAGUUUGUGGCGCAUUUUAACCCCCACUCCCUUUUUUUUUUGUUACUUUUAUUAUUGUGAUUCCUCAUGGUAUUUACAGGUUUUAUUGUAUGGUUUUAUUGUUUGGUAAUUAAACUGGCAAACACUGUGAUGGUAGGUGUUACAUUUGCUUCACAACCCAAAAGCAGUUUGCGUUCAGAAACGAAUACAAUCUUGAAUUCAACUUACUGCAAUUCUGCUGUGGGCUCAUACAGAAAGGAGGCAGGCUGUAUUGUGACACUGACAUCUUGAGUGUAAUGCGCCUCCAUCAUAUUCACAAACAUAAAGGGACCCCCUAAAUUACCAAGGAUGCCAGAAGGCCGAUGCUUAUUUCCUUUUACAAACAAAGUGGUGCAGAUUGGCUUUGUAGUUUGCAACAAGGAUUAUCAUGUGUAUGUUAAAAAAACAAAAGUAAUCUUUGAUGUUGUUCAAAAAUGUUUGAUCGCAUUUGAUCAAACGUGCUUACAACAUCUUCUAAAAGUUGCUGAUUUCUCAAGAAAAUUGGAUUUUUAUACAAAAGUGCUGAUAAAUCAUAUGAAGGUGCCAUUUCAUAUUUUGAAACAGCUCAGUGUCACAAUACCAUAUAUCACCACUACAUUCCACAUAUUGUAGUUAAAGACACCAUUCCACGUUACAGAUGACAGCCUGUUUAUUCUGACAAAGCUCAGAGGAAUUGAAAUAAUGUUUUGUUCAUUAAAAAGUUUCAUUAUGCUUGACGAAAAUGCAGUUAGUGAAUGUGGAACGAAGCCUGUCUGUAUAUCUGGUAUCUACUUGCUUUGUUUUUACUGACAAGUCUAUGGCUAAAAUUUGCUUCUGUAACAGUCUAUUACCCAGUGCACACACGUGGUUGUGAAAAUUUAGUAUAGUUCUGAAAAGCAACGAUGACUUGGAGAAACAAUGGUCGGUGUAACUCUAGCUUUGUGUUUAUGUAUCUUAAAACCAUACUAGUUUCACUAUACAUGUAAUAAAUAGGAACGUGUCAAAGACCAUUCAGUGAAAUAAAAGUUUCGUUUAAGAA